CGUCACUACCGGUUAAAAUUAAAAUGGCGACCAUGGCGAAAGCUGUAAGCGAUGUUGAGACAAAAUAUCACAUUGAGUUCAAAACCUACCAAAAGACGGCAAUUGAGUCAGUAGUGAAUGGCAAGGAUACAUUUGUUGUUCUUCCAACUGGCUACGGCAAGUCAUACAUAUACUCGUUUCUGCCAGAAGUGUUCAAUGGAGUGCUCGGACAGACCGACUCGUCUUUGCUAGUUAUCUCACCAUUACAGUCAUUGAUGGUAGAUCAGGUCAGAGCAUUGACAGAUUUCGGCAUAAAAGCUACCUUUGUUGGCGAGAUGCAGAACGAUAGCAAUGUUGACACUGAAAUUGAGAAAGGACAUUUUUCAAUUGUUUUUGCAUCCCCGGAGGCUGUACUGACGAGCACACGAUGGCGAAGGGUGUUGACCAGAGGUAGAUUUCAGCAGACUCUGAAGGCUGUAGCAGUAGACGAAGCACAUUGUAUUACGCAGUGGGGAGCCGACUUCCGCCAGGAAUACGCUAGACUCAACGAAAUCCGCUCUGUGAUCGCCAGUGACACUCCGUUCUUGGCCCUAACCGCUACAGCCACCGAGGGAAUGAGGAAGGAGAUCUUCAAAUCACUACAAAUGUCAUCCGACAGCACGACAGUGGCAAUAAUUCCGGAAAGGACCAACAUCCGGUAUACCUUCCAAAAGGUCAAGAAAGACAUAGGACAGAAUCUGUACUGGUUGGUUCAGGAGCUGCUGUCCAAAUCAGACCCGUGCAAAGCCAUCAUAUACUGUAGAAACAUUGCAUCAUGUGCAGAUUUGUACGAACACUUCAUGCUUGCGCUGGGGGAUAAGGCAUUUACAUCAAAGGAAAAGACUUUGCAGAGUCGUGUUGUGGGGAUGUUCCAUAGAUCGACUUCGGAUGCCAACAAGACACAUAUCUUGGAGACCUUUGUUAAGGCCGAUUCGCAGCUUAGAGUAGUUUUUGCCACGAUAGCAUUUGGCAUGGGAGUAAACAUCCCAGAUGUAGAUAUUGUUGUGCAUUGGGGUGCACCCAGGGGUGUAGAACAAUUCGCACAGGAGUCUGGAAGAGCCGGUAGAGAUGGCAGACAAGCAGACUCCAUUGUCUACUACAAUGGAUAUGACUUGAGAUCGGGCAGCUCCACCAAGGAGGUGAGGGCUCUGUGUACAGGCGAUACCUGUUCCCCAGGCGCUCUGUGCUACAGGCGAUACCUGUUCCUCGGCAUCGCAGCACUUGUGCCGAGCAGUCACGAAAUGCUCAGCUUGUUGUACCCGGAAGCUGGGAAACUCUCUGCGGUCGUGUAUGACCGAGAGCUUAUGGAGAGCGCAGACUACGCGGAAUUUCUGAGACAUCUGUACCAUACUCUUAUCUGA